AUGCUAAAAGUGCAGAGACUGGAAGGGAUCAACACGUGUUACCACAGUGACCAGCUGGAGAAAAUGGCCUUUUUUCAGUGCAUGGAAGAGGUGGAGAAAGUGAAGUGUUUUCUGGAAGAAAAUUCUAGUGAACAAGAUUCACGACCUGGGAAGAGUGAGGCUAAGGAACAGGUGUGGCCACACCCCAGCCUGAAGGAAACCGCUCCUGCCAAAGGCAAAAGGACAGAGCCCCCCACAGACGACGCCCCCGCACCGCCCGCACCGUUUGAUCACCGUAUUGUGACAGCCAAGCAGGCCGCGGUCAACAGCUUCUACACCGUGAGCAGAACAGAGAUCUUAGGAGGGGGGCGCUUCGGCCAGGUUCACAAGUGUGAGGAGAAAGCCACAGGCCUGAAGCUGGCGGCCAAGAUCAUCAAGACCAGAGGCCUGAAGGACAAGGAUGACGUGAAGAACGAGAUCAGCGUCAUGAACCAGCUGGACCACGUGAACCUCAUCCAGCUCUACGACGCCUUCGAGUCUAAGAACGACAUCGUCCUGGUCAUGGAGUAUGUGGACGGAGGGGAGCUCUUCGACCGCAUCAUCGAUGACAACUGCAGCCUGACCGAGCUUGAUACCAUCCUGUUCAUCAGGCAGAUAUGUGAGGGGAUAAGACACAUGCACCAGAUGUACAUCCUCCACCUGGACCUGAAGCCUGAGAACAUCCUGUGUGUGAAUCGGGAGACUAAACAAAUAAAAAUUAUUGACUUUGGAUUGGCCAGAAGGUACAAACCCAGAGAGAAGCUGAAGGUGAACUUCGGAACGCCAGAAUUCCUCGCCCCUGAAGUUGUGAACUACGAUUUUGUUUCCUUUCCCACCGACAUGUGGAGCGUGGGGGUUAUCACCUACAUGCUACUCAGCGGUUUGUCCCCCUUCCUGGGAGACAGUGACGCCGAGACCCUCAGCAACAUCCUGGCCUGCAGGUGGGACCUGGAGGACGAGGAGUUUCAGGACGUCUCGGGGGAGGCCCGGGAGUUCCUCUCCAAGCUUCUGAUCAAGGAGAAGAGCUGGAGAAUAAGUGCAAGUGAAGCUCUCAAGCACCCUUGGCUGUCGGACCAGAAGCUCCACUCCAGGCUCGGCGCGCAGAAGAGGAAGAAUUGCUGCUCUGAUGCCCAGGACCCGGUGGCCAAACAGUCCACGGAGGUGCCCUCCUGA